AUGGAAAACAAAGUCACCAGUAACACUUUCACAGAUGAAGGACGUCUACUUCAAACUGAGUAUGCAAUCAAAAAUGUUUCCAAUGCUGGCACUGUAAUGGGUCUCGUCUGUACAGACGGUGUCAUCUUGUUUGGCCUGAAUUCUGAGAAGUCUUCAACUAAGGAAAAGAUCUAUAAACUUGGAGACAAUACAUAUUGUGCAGUUGCAGGUUUAUUCGGUGAUGCCAAUAGACUUGUUCAGUUUGGUAGAAUCACUUCUAUCGAUCUUGAGAGUAUUCUUGGAGAAGAACCUAAGACACAAAUUCUAUGCAAACAAAUUGGAUCCAAGAAGCAAAAAUACACGCAUCUGACUGGAACUAGACCAUUUGGAGUCAGUUUCCUCUAUGCAGGCUAUGACGAUGGUGAAUACGUUUUAUACUCUACUGAUCCAUCUGGAACUGUUAACAGGUGGAAUGCCUGGUCAAUUGGAAGCGAUGAGGAUGCAAUCAACAAGAACAUGAGAAAUGACUACAAAGAAAUGGUUUCAAUGGAAGAAGGUGUCAAAUGGCUGUUAGCUGAGUUCAUAAAGUCUCGUGAGUGUUCUAUGAGCAUGGCUGAACGUGUUGAAUUGCUCUUCUACAGCAAAAACAAAAAACAGUUUCUAAGUACUGACAGAAUAACUGAGAUUUUCAAGGAGCUGAAUGUUAUCAUGUAA